AUGGGGGUGGCAAAAUCAUAUUAUAAUACUGUAUCUUUAAUAAAAGCCAAUAAGACCACUCCAUUUGACUUUGACAACACAAAGGCCUGGGGCACAGACUCCUUCUAUGUCCUGGGGAUCCUGGGCUUCUGUCUCUACGUCCUGCUGGGGAUCACCUCCCUGCCCUCUGUUGGAGCAGCUCUCAGCUGGAGGGAGUUCAGCUUCGUACAGUCCAAGCUGGGCCACCUGACUCUGCUGUUGUGUACAGCCCAUGGCUUCCUGUAUGGCUGGAACAAGUUCCUGCGUUCCUCCACCUACAAGUGGUACACCCCACCAGGCUACAUGCUGUGUCUGGUGCUUCCCUCUGUGGUGCUGCUGCUCAAGCUGCUGCUCAUAACCCCCUGUGUGGACCACACCAUCAGCCAGGGCUGGGAGAGGGGCGUGGCAGAGGGGCAGGAGACAAAAAUCAGCCACCUCUGA